AUGACUUUGCAAAAAGCUGCUUACUUCUUCAGACGUGGUGCGGAAGAGUUGUUGAAGAGUGCCGAGCAGUUGAGUGGUGAUGCUAAGGAUGCCGUAGUGUUCGCAGCGCAUGCUGCUGGCGGUGCAGUGGUGGCGACGGCCGGUGCGGCUGGUGGCCAGCUUAUGCACGCUGCAGCGAGUGCGGAACACCUUGCCGAGGAUGCGGCUGCCGCCGUAGGCCAUCAGGCAGCGGUGGUGGCGCAUGACGCUAAGGAUGCAGUGGUCAGUGGAGCCAAGGCGGCCCUUGGCAAUGCGGCCCACCUUGGUGCUCAAGCUGCAGGCAGCGUAAUCGGUGCCGCCGAGGCCACGGCGACUGAGGCCAAGGACGCGUUGGCAGCGUCUGCAAAACAGACCGCUGGCGCCGUCGGAGGUCUAACUCGUGCGGCUUCGGAGACCGCCGCCGGACUCGCAGUAGAUGCAAAAAAUUCGCUCCAGGCCAAUGCCAAGGCCGCCCUCGCCGCGGGUAUGGACAUCAGUGCACAUGCCGCAGAGAGCGUCAUGGACUAUGGUUCUCUCUGGGCGUAUGAAGCAAAAAAAUCACUCGCUGCCAGUGCAAAGGCCGCUGCCGAUAAAGGCGCCCAUCUCGCCGGCCAAGUCGCUGGACAGGUUGCGGGCACCGCUGUUGGACUCAAAGACGUCGCGGCAGACUAUGGCACACACCUCGCACACGAUGCUAAAGAUGUCGUCGCCCAUGGUGCCAAGGCCACACUCGACGCCGCCGCACACCUCGCACAUGAUGCUAAGGAUGUCGUCGCUGCCAACGCUAAGGCUGCCGUCGAUGUCGGCGCUCGCGCCGCCCAACGCGGUCUGAACGCCGGUCAACAGGCACUUGACACUGCCGCCCAUAAAACGAUCGAUGCCAAGAACACAGUCGCAGCUAAUGCCAAAUCCGCAGUCGACAAUGCCACCUGGGCCAGUCUCAUUGCCGCCGACCACGCGGCCGACCUCGCCAUCCAAGCCAAGGACCUCCUCACAGCCCAGGCCCACUACGCCGCACUCGCGGCCAAGGACACCAUCGCAGUCGGCGCCAAGCACGCUGUGGACACUGCCACCCACGUUGGACAUGCUGCUAUGGACACCGCUGCAGGUGCUGCGCAGACUGCCAAGGACACCAUCGCUGUGGGCGCCAAGCACGCC